CGUACAGUAGUGUUGUAUAUAUACAUAAUACAUGCUUCUUAACUUCUGUUUAAACUUUAAACUGUGAUGUCAAAUUUAGUUAUUUAAUUUAUUCGUUUUACGCCAUCUGCGAACGAUAGUUAAAACUCAAAUAAUUUUGUGUUAUGAUCGUUGGGUACUUGUUUUGUAUAAGUAUUGAAUAAACGUACAUUUUAAUCAUGUCAGAAAGCGUAGAAGUUCAAAUUGAAGAUCAGGAAUUCCAAUUGGAACCUGACAAUGAACUUAGAUUUGAAGUCGAAAACAAAAAUGAAACAGUUGUGUUAGAAUUGAAAACUGGGCUAGCAGAAAUUUUUGGAACAGAAUUAGUGAAAGGUAAAUCAUAUACAUUUUAUUUUGGAGCAAAAAUUGCAGUGUUCACAUGGCAAGGAUGUUCAUUAAAGUUACGAGGAAAAAAAGGAAUUAGUUAUAUAUCCAAAGAGACCCCAAUGAUGUUUUAUUUAAAUUGCCAUGCUUCGUUAGAACAACUACGAGUAAAAUCAGAAAAAGAAAAAAUAAGAGGCCCUGUUACAAUGGUAGUCGGACCUACUGAUGUGGGUAAAUCUACUCUCUGUAGAAUACUACUAAACUAUAGUGCACGUAUGAAUUCUCUUGGCCGUAGACCCAUUUAUGUAGACUUGGACCCCGGUCAGGGACAAAUAUCGGUUCCAGGAACAAUUGGUGCAGUUAUGGUUGAAAGGCCAGCUGAAGUAGAAGAAAGUUUCUCACAAGCAGCUCCAUUAGUUUAUCAUUAUGGACAUACAAACAUGAGUAUUAAUUCAACUUUGUACAACACUUUAAUAUCUCGUAUGGCAGAAGUUAUUCAUCAACGAAUGGAUGACAAUCCUAGAAUUAACUGUUCUGGAUUAAUAAUCAACACUUGUGGUUGGGUUAAAGGCAAAGGUUAUCAGCAUUUGACCCACAUUGCACUCGCUUUUGAAGUUGAUGUUAUUCUUGUACUUGAUCAAGAACGCUUAUACAAUGAACUAGUGAGAGAUAUGCCAGUAUUUGUCAAAGUUGUACUUUUACCAAAAAGUGGUGGAGUAGUUGAAAGGAGUAACAAAUUUAGAUUGGAAGGUAGAGAGGCACGUAUUCGAGAAUACUUUUAUGGUAAUCCUAGGAAUGUACUUCAUCCGCACACCUGUGAAGUAAGAUUUUCCGACAUAAAAGUUUAUAGAAUUGGAGCGCCGCCUAUUCCAAACACAUUGAUGCCAUUAGAUAUGCAAAAAACUGAUUUGGAGACAAAACUUGAACCUGUUACUCCAGGACUAAAUAUGAUGCAUCACAUAUUAGCUCUAAGUUUCAGUACAACGGUAGAAGAAGACGUUGUUAGGACUAGUGUGGCAGGUUUUGUCUGUGUAACAAAUGUUGAUAUCUCACGACAAAUGUUAACUCUUUUGUCACCUCAACCAAAACCAUUGCCUGAAACAAUUUACCUCAUGUCAGAUGUACAGUUCAUGGACAAUAAUGCUUAAAGCUGUGUGUUUGAAAAGAUCCAGAAAAAUAUUUUGUGUGUUAAAUAUAGAUACAGUUAAUUAUUAUUUUUUUAAUACAUAAUAUAUAUUUCCUCGACUUGAAGAAAAAAUAAUAAUUCUCAGUGUAAAUAUCAUUAUGUAUAUAUUUAUAUUAGAUGUAAUUCUUGAGCUGAGGUUUUAUUUUCUUUAGUACCUAUGAUAAACGACUUAUAAGUAAUAUUACGAAAAACUGCACUAACCAUUAGUGUCAUUACAUAUUCAUUAGUUAAGUGACAUACAAGUGGCCAUGUUAAUGUUGAAAAUACUACUUUUGGUUAUUAUAAGUAAUAUAAAAGUAUUGUUGUCAUUAAUUAUGUAAAUCUACAAAUAAGUUUCUACACAUUUUUCAAACUAUUUUUUUACUGUAAGGUGAAAUUUUAAUGGAUUUAAAUAAAAUGUAAUAUUUUUAUA